AUGGACAAUAGGCGUCCAUUUAUACAGAUCACCUAUAACAGCGGUACACCAACGGUUCCGGCUUGUGUAACUGCACCAACAGCCCCGGCCAACGCAGCCAGUAUCUGUGCCGGUGCAACCACCCUGAGCUGGCCGGCAGUAACAGGUGCUACGGGUUAUGAUGUUUACCUGAAUACAGGCGCCACGGCAACAACCGUUGUCUCGGCCAACCAGACAGGAACCACGUAUAAUGCCACGGUAGCCGCAGGCACUUAUGCCUGGAAGGUGGUGCCUAAAAAUGCAGCCGGCGAUGCCACCGGUUGCGCGACAUUCAAUUUCACGGUCAAUCCGGCGGUAACCCCCACCAUCAGCAUUGCAGCCAGUCCUUCGGGUACGAUCUGUGCGGGUACACCGGUAACCUUUACCGCAACAGCCACCAAUGGCGGUGCGGCGCCCACCUUCCAGUGGAAGAAAGGAACAACCAAUGUAGGUACCAGCAGCACCACUUAUACAGACAAUGCGCUGAUAACAGGCAAUGCGAUUUCGGUAGUGAUGACGGGUAAUGCCGCUUGUGCCAGUGCGGCUACAGUGACCAGUAAUGUGAUCACUGCUACGGUGUCGCCACGGCCCACGGCCAGUGUCACCCCAUCGGGUACGGCUUCUGUUUGUACGGGCAGCACAGUAACGCUCAAUGCCAAUACAGGAACCGGUCUUACCUAUCGCUGGCAACGUAACAGUGCAGAUAUCGCCGGAGCCAACACCGCAACGUAUACUGCAAGUAUUAGUGGCACUUACCGGGUACUCGUUUCCAAUGGUACUUGUGAAGAUACCUCAGCGGUAACUACCGUAAAUAUAUUGGCAAAGCCGGUAGCUACGGUCUCUCCAUCGGGGGCGGCUGCUUUCUGCCAGGGCGGCAGUGUCCUGCUGUCCGGCCCGGCACCGGCCACGGGUGUUACUUACCAAUGGCAAAUAAACGGCGGCAAUAUAGCAGGUGCCACCAGCAAUACUUAUGCGGCAUCGGCGCAGGGCGCUUACCGUUUGGUACUUUCUAACGGCUCUUGUGGUGAUACCUCUUCGGUAGUGAAUAUCACGGUCAACCCGGUACCGGUAGCUACUGCAACAGCGGGCGGGCCUACAACGUUCUGUACGGGUGGUAGUGUAACGCUUACAGCCAAUACGGGUACGGGCCUCAGCUAUAGCUGGCUGCGCAACACGGCCCUGAUAGCCGGCGCCACAACGAAUACUUACAGCGCCAAUACUUCCGGUGUUUAUGCGGUGAUUGUCGCCAAUACAACAACCGGUUGUUCGGAUACGCUGGACCCUGGUAUCCCGCGCUUCGAUCCGGCUGACGAUGGCGGCCUCUUCCUGCAACAAAUUCGGGUAGACGCUGAUCUCAGGGAUAACGGUUCAGCUCGUUUAGCUGGAGGAUCAGCCGCUCCUGGUUGUUGUUGA